AUGGUUCAACAUUGUGUCAAUGCUGCUAGUACAGAUUUUUGUUCCUAUAAUUCCAAAACACAACGUGAUGCUAUUGAUGUUGUCGGAAAUUUCUUUUUUUGUAAAAGUAAAUCAUCAUCAAUAAAUAAUGCAGUCGAUUAUCAUAUUCAUACAUUGGGUUCAAUGCAAGCUGGUACUGUUGAUUUUAUUUCAAAUGUUUUACCAGCUGAAAUUCGAUCGUCUUCUUCAAUUUUAACCGAACAAAUACCGUCAGAUUUAAUUUCAUCUUAUAAAACUAAUACAACAACAUCGUCAACAUCAUCAUCUGGAUAUGAAUCUGUUUUAUCAUGUUCAUCAAAAUCACGUAAAUCAUUAUUUUAUCGUUUAAAACGUUUAAUUAAUUUUUCAUCAACAAAAAAAUCUGUUGAUUAUCCUCUACCAACAAUUAAUAAUUAUAGUGAACAAAAUAAUUUAAAUUCACCUAUUCUAUCAUUUCGUAAUCCAAUAAUAUCAUCAAAAAUUAAUAAUACCAAUGAAACACGACGAAAUUCUUUAACACGUUUAGAUAUUAAACGUAAAUCAUCUCGACGAACAUUAUCACCUGCAACACAACAUAUUCCUUUUUUAUAUGGACUUAAAAAUUGUGGCAAUACUUGGUAA